AUGGCCUCGUCGGCGUCCGUGGGCACAUCGGCAUCCACCAGCGCCGGAAAGGCCCGCUCUUUUUACUCGGAUUUCGGCAGGACGAUACAGUCCCUCGAGGCCGACAUCGAUGCCGCCCAGUCGACACGCGAUCUCGAUCCCGUCCUGCGCAGCAUAUCGGCCGCGAGGACGCAGCUCACCCAGGCCACCGAGAUCCUCCCGGCACACGACCGGCAGCUCCACGAAAAGAACCUGAGCAAGCUAACGCAGCGCCUCACAGCCCGACGACAGGCGCUGCAGCCGGCAAAGGGCGGCUUCACGUUCCGGAGGACGCCCAAAGCGGCGCCGACUGCCUCGUCUGACCUCGCCUCUUCCUCGACGAGCGCCAGGGCUAAGCCUGUUGCCAGCUCGCCACCGACAGCUCCUCGAUCCGCAUCGCCCUCCAUCGCCCCGCCGAGCAAGACGACGUACCUCUCCAUCGACACAAGACGGCACCGCUACAUCUCUUCCCGCAGCCUCUCUCCCUCUUCCUCAACAACAGGAGCCGCGCGGCCACAGCACGACCUGCACAUCACAGACCUCGAGGACUGUAUCAUCGACCUGCGAUGCGCGCCGGGCCAGGAUGGUGGUAGCGGCGCCUUGGAGCUGGGAGCGCUCCAGAUCCGCGGGGUCCGACGGUGCAUCAUCCUCACCGGCCAGGUCAAGGGAAGCGUCAUGGUCCACGACAUCAGCGACUCGUGGCUCCUCGUCGAGAAGUGUAGACAGUUCCGCAUGCACACCUCGUCGGCCACGCUCGUCUCUCUCGCGACGACCGGCUCGAUAGCAACCAUCGAAGGAUGCCGGGACCUCAGGUUCACCACGGGCGUCCCUCACUCCCUCGCUGCUCCUCACAGCGCAAAGACCGAGGGCAAGACGGAGCUGCAGGUGCAGGACUUUGACUCGCUCCUCUCGUCUUCACACCUCAAGGUCGGCGGCGGCGGCGGCACGGCGAGUGAGCCAUCAAAGAACUGGCGCAUCGUCGACGAAAGCACCAUAGAGGUCGGGGUGCAGCUGCUCCACGCAUCGCUGCAGGGCCUGGCUGGCAGCGAUGAGAAGGCCGUCGAGACGAAAGGGAUCGCAGCGAUCUUCGAGGGCCUGUCAAUCCCUACCUAG